GAGGGUGGUGGAGGUGGUGCCCGAACCCUGGAGGCGGCAGCUCUGCAGCCGCCUCGGUCUUGCGACGGCCCCGGACCUUUGGAUUGCGCCGGUUGCAGAAGGGCGCCUCGCGAAGUCUGCGCAGGUCCUCUUUGCGCUGAGCUUAGAUGAGGAGGCAGCCACCGCCCCGGGCGCAGCGGAGGCGCUGGCAGCGCUGCGGAGGGGUGUCCGGAGGCCACAGGAGGAGCGUCGUCAGCUGCUGCGGCGGCUUCUUCGCGGGUGGCACCCGGACAAGUUCCAGACCGCGAGCAAAGAGAAGCAGGACAACGCCAACACAGUCUUCUGCUUCAUCCAGCGCUUUCGCAGCAUCUUCUUGGGCGAGGAGGCAUGA